CUUUCUUAUCAUCUACUGGCCUCUGGUAGGACUAUUCAUGCACUAUGAAAAUCACAAACCCUAUAACAUGUUGGCUAGUUGGUCUUUGCACCUCUGUGAUAUUCCUUCCCGUGAUGGGACACGCCCACAAUCAUCACAGCUGUAAGGAUUGUGUACAUACUUGUCCUGGGAAGUUCAUCUGCCACGAGGGUCAUGAAUCGUCAUGUGUCUGUAAACCAGAUUCUUUCUGUGAUGACGUUAACCUUUUCUGUGAUCACGGACAGUGUGGCCAAAAUGAAGUCGCCACGUGCUUUCAUAACCAGUGCACAUGUGUUGCCCAAGAUUACUGUAAGAAUUGUCAUGACUUUUGUGGUGGCCGUCCGUUUACGUGUUUGUCUCCAAACUACCAAUGCCAAUGCCACGACACCAAUCAUUGCCAGGACAACAUAAGCGGCCCGGUUUGUUUGUCACUGCCUUGUGAUGGUGGUGAGCGGAAGUGUGUCGAGUCUCAGUGUUCCUGUACCAUUCACUGUUCUGGUGUCUCUAGCUGUGGUCACAUGGCGUGCUCGGUAGGAGUUCCGGCAUGUAAAGAAGGACACUGCUCCUGUCAUGAUCCAUGUCAUAAAUGUUCGGCGGAAUGCCCGGAGAAGUAUUCCUGCGUUGAGGAGCAUCACCAUCAUGUGACUUGCACGUGUCAUUCUUCUGAUUACUGUGACAAUAAAGCAGUACACUGCACAGAUCACUACUGUCCACAUGGCGGUCAAUCUCGUUGUAUAGGAAACAAGUGUCACUGCUACUGUAGCAGAGAUUCAGAGUGUAGCAGAUGUCCGGAGGAUGCUGUCUGUAACAAUCACCAGUGUCACUGUCGAGCUACAACUACUCAGACUUCCACUUCACAAACCACGGUACAAAAAAAAACUACAACUACUACCACAUCGACAACAACAUCACCACCAACGACACCUCCUCCACCAACAACAACACCCAUAACAUCCAAACCAACAACAACACCCACAACAACUACAACAACAACACCCACAACAACUACAACAACACCAAAAACAACUCAGAUGAACGACAUAGUGUGUGCCAAAGAUACAGACUGUGUGUCCGAGUACACCUUGAAUUGGGACCCAUUUGAAUUCGUGUUAUGUGAGGAUCCACAAUGGCGAGUCUGUGCUAAUAGAUACUGUGUCUGUCACAGGCCUCCUAUUUCAACUCAGAAACACCCGCCAACUCUAGCUUCAACAACUCCAAUUACUGUUAAGAAUCAAACUACAUCGACAAUGGCGUCGUCAACUCUAGCGCCAUCAACCAAUGUACCAGAUCAAACUACAUCGACAAUGGCGUCGUCAACUCUAGCGCCAUCAACCAAUGUACCAGAUCAAACUACAUCGACAAUGGCGUCAUCAACUCUAGCGCCAUCAACCAAUGUACCAGAUCAAAAUACAUCGACAAUGGCGUCGUCAACUCUAGCGCCAUCAACCAAUGUACCAGAUCAAACUACAUCGACAAUGGCGUCAUCAACUCUAGCGCCAUCAACCAAUGUACCAGAUCAAACUACAUCGACAAUGGCGUCAUCAACUCUAGCGCCAUCAACCAAUGUACCAGAUCAAACUACAUCGACAAUGGCGUCAUCAACUCUAGCGCCAUCAACCAAUGUACCAGAUCAAACUACAUCGACAAUGGCGUCAUCAACUCUAGCGCCAUCAACCAAUGUACCAGAUCAAACUACAUCGACAAUGACGUCAUCCACUCUACGGACGACAACGGUGUCAUCAGAAGUUACGUCAUCAACCCCUGGCAAUCACACAGAAAGUUCGGAAGCAUCGUCAUCAACAACCGGUGUUAUUUGUCCUCGGUGUGAUGAACACUCCACGUGUACUUGGGAUAUCAAUUGUACUCCUGCACAGGUCUGCAUGAUAAAAAAUUCCGGAGGGAGACUGAUAACGCACUGCAGCAAUAUGGAUGACUGCAGUCUGAUCCGGAGACUGUUAUCUAACGAGAAUAUAAAAUGUUGUGUCCUCUCGGAAUGUGUCCAUCAAAAUGUGGGAUUAUAAAAUAUUUUCCUUUAAAGAUGUUGCCAUUCAAUAAAGUUAUAAUAAAAAGAA